GACUGCUCUGCACGAGACGACUGCUCUGCACGUCGAGCAGCCCCGAGUGAAAAGCCUCUCAACAUGUCGACUUCAUCAGAGAACGAGGCGCCAUUCCAGAUCAGCGAGGUAUCAUCCAAGGACGAGCGACUGCCCUCCAUUGUAUAUGGGCCAGCGACACCCGUGCCGUUGAAGAUGACCUUUGCUGAGUUGCUGGAUUACAACGCAGAAGUCCGCGGCGACAGGCCAGCAGUCAUUUCCGAUCCUCAAAAUCUCACGCUAUCGUUCCGUCAAUUGCGAGAAAGAAGUAUCAGACUGGCACGGGCAAUGGCAAACGAUGGUAUUGGAAAAGGCGACCUGGUCGCGAUUUCGCUCGGCAGCAGGGUCGAGUAUUUCGAGACUUAUUUCGCUUGCGCCAGACUUGGUGCAGCUUUAGUCCUACUCAAUUACGCCUACACCGAGUCCGAGAUGCUGACCUUGCUCAAGGAUGUUCGUCCGAGAAUGAUGGUGGCAUCGCCUGGGUUCUCAUACUACGACAACACAAAGACACUGCCCAAACUGGCCUCUGAGAUUCCGCAGAUCGAGAAGUUCGUCAUCAUGGACGAUAUAGACCAGAGAUACCACCUUUCGGGAUCUCUGGACAGGUCAGUUCGAUAUGAGGACUACAUCAAGCAGUUCGAUGCCACAUCAGGAGCAUUGCCGAAAGUCUCGAUCUCGCCAUAUGAUAUGACGAACGUUCAAUUCACCUCAGGAUCGACCGGCUUGCCGAAGUCCGUGGCAUUGUCUCACUACAACAUAAUGAAUUGCGGCCGUUACAUCUGGCAGCAGACAAGGAUGACGGAUCGAGAUCGUGUAUGCUUGCCAGUUCCUCUCUUCCACUCCUUUGGCAUGAUCGUUGGCAUAAGUUCGAGCACCGUGGCUGGAUCCGCGCUGGUACUGCCGAGCGAAAUCUACAACUCGAGGAAGACGCUCCAAUGCAUCGAGAAAUAUCAAUGCACUGCGAUCUACGGCGUACCAACCAUGUUCGUGACCGCAAUGGCAGUGAAGGACUUCGAGUCGAUUGAUCGAUCGACCAUCAAGUUUGGAAUCAUUGCUGGAGCUGCCAUGCCUCCAGAAUUACUCCGGCGGAUCGUAAAUGUUUUCCCGGUGCCCAGGCUGUAUACAUGCUGGGGGAUGACCGAGCUCUCCUCGUUUGUCUCCAUGAUGCAUGAAACGGAUCCGUACGAGAAGCGUAUCAGGACCGCCGGACGAUUAUUCCCUCACUUCGUCGCCAAGAUCGUCGAGCCCGAUACGGGAGAAGCCCUCCCAUGGGGUGAGAAAGGCGAGAUUAUCGCCAGUGGCUACGGACAAAUGUCGGAAUAUCUGAACAACAAAGAGAAGACGGACGAGACACUCCGUAUCCACCAGGAAGACUUGGAGCCAGGUGGAGUGGGUCCGCUUGGAGAUGGAAAGAGUCUCCGAAAGUGGAUGCACACUGGAGACGAGGGAUUCCUGGACCCAGAGGGAUACUUUGUCAUCUCAGGCCGCAUCAAAGAUCUCGUGAUCCGCGGAGGCGAGAACAUCUCACCUAUGGAAAUCGAAGACCGACUCAUCGAGCACGAAGCCAUCGCUCAGGCGUCGAUAGUCGGUGUGCCAGACGAGAAGUAUGGUGAGGAGCUCGGUGCGUUCGUCGAGUUGAGAGCGGGCAACCCAAGACCAAGUGAUGACGACCUUCGCGCUUUCGUGAGAGAGAAGCUCGCACGCUUCAAGGCUCCGCGAUACUUCUGGUGGCUUGGUGGUCAUAACGACAAGGUCCCGAGCGAGUGGCCCAAGACCACUAGUGGGAAGAUUUCGAAACCGCAUCUUCGUAACAUGGUUGAGGAUCUUAUCUAG